UGUAACUGUACUUGUUGCUAUGUAAACAAACAGCAGCGAGUAAAACAGUGAAAUGCGAUAAUGCAUCUGAAACUUUUCCUUUUCCUUGUAAACUAUCAAAGAAAUGAGGGGAACCUGCUUUGCUAUUUAAGAAAAAAUAAAUAGAAAAAAUGAACUUGAUAUCAUCAAAAAGCAGAAAUUUUUAUAUGGAUAUCCAACUGGAUUUUGGCGAAGAAUAUGGUGGGAAACCUUUAGAUAUGGAAAUAAAUGCUUUUAAAUAUGCUAUUUUUCAAGCACUUAAAAAUAUCUAUGGUGAUAUGGGGUGCAUCAUAUCAGUAGACAUUUUAAAAUAUAGAGAAGAAGACAGAAGAGCUUUUAUAAGAGUUCCUUCAAGGGACAUUGUGAAACUCUGGAGCUCUUUAACACUAUUUUCUAAAUAUAAUGGAUUGGACUGCAUGUUUAGAGUAUAUAAGGUCACACCAGUUUUGGCUUGUUUAAAUUUAAACAGCAAUCUCUAUAAACAUACAAAGAAAGAAAAGUGUUCAUGAUAAUUGUCAGAAGCAAAUAAUUGAAAAUACAUUUUGAUUAAAACUUUAAUGUCGCACAA